AUGCGAUGUGCUCUGCCCAGUGGACUUGGGAGCGUGAGCCAGACAAGCUCGGCCUGGCUCUUUCUUUGGAAUUCUUUCAGGUUUAUUGCCAAGCCAUGUGCCAUAAACCUUGGCAUUCAAGACAGUGGACCUCAUAGAGCUCAGCCCAAUGCAAUUUUAGAGAAAGUGUUUACAUCCAUCACUAAGUCUCCGGAUGGAAAAAGAUUAGAAGGCUUGUCAAAGCAGCUAGACUGGGAUGUUCGAAAGAUCCAGCGCUGGUUUCGUCAUCGGAGGAACCAGGACAAACCCACCACCCUCACUAAAUUUUGUGAGAGCAUGUGGAGAUUUACAUUUUAUUUAAGUAUAUUUUCAUAUGGAAUCAGGUUUCUCUGGUCGGCACCCUGGUUUUGGGACACACGACAGUGCUGGUACAACUACCCUUUUCAGCCUCUAACAUCCAGGCUUUAUUAUUACUAUAUCUUGGAGUUGGCCUUCUAUUGGUCUCUCAUGUUUUCUCAGUUUACAGACAUUAAACGGAAGGACUUCCUGAUCAUGUUUGUCCAUCAUUUGGCUACAAUUGGACUCAUCACAUUCUCUUAUAUGAAUAAUAUGGUGCGGGUUGGAACUCUGGUGCUGUGCCUGCACGAUGCAUCAGAUUUCCUUUUAGAGGCUGCAAAGCUAGCCAAUUAUGCCAAGUACCAACGUCUGUGCGAUGCCUUCUUCAUGCUCUUUGGUGUUGUAUUCAUUGUUACACGGUUGGGCAUUUAUCCUUUCUGGAUUUUGAAUACAACCUUAUUUGAAAGCUGGGAGUUGAUUGGCCCUUAUCCUUCAUGGUGGCUAUUCAAUGGCCUCUUGAUAACCUUGCAGAUCUUGCAUAUCAUUUGGUCUUAUCUCAUCAUUCGCAUUGCCUACAAGGCCCUCGUGCGGGGAAAGGUAUCAAAAGAUGAUCGCAGUGAUGUAGAGAGCAGCUCUGAAGAGGAGGAUGUGACUUCCAACAGCACAAAAGGAGUUUUCAGCACUUCGAGCAAUGGCUCCAACCGCGUUAAUGGCCAUGUGGCUAGUGGCCAGUGGACAGAAGAGCAGUAAGGCUAUGGGUUGGCCUUGAGCAAACACGAACUUGUCUUUAAAUGUCUAGAUGUGUUGAGCUCCACAUUCCCAAGUGAUCUUUAAUCGAGAUACCCCUUCCCCAGAAACCUCCAGCGAAUCUGAAAUGAGCACAAUCCAGACCUGUCAAAGGCUUUACGUAACAGAAGGGAUAAAGCCAAUUACUAGGGCAAAAACAAAAGCUGCAGAUUUCAUUUUAAGCCAUUUUGUACUUAAAUCGUUGUCCCAUCGGUAUUUGCAGAGGUUAUUUUUGUUUGUGAUAAACUGGUUUUUACUAGGAUCAACUCAAGAUGGACUAGGCUGGCUGUGGACUGCAGGAAGGUUAAGGUGCCAUUUCAAAGACAGUUUGCUCCAGUGCAGGUUCAGCAUGUUUCCUCGAUGCAUUCCAGAAGCCACUUACGAGUACGGAGAAUGCAGGGUCUCGUGUUUUCAAGCCCAAGCCACCGUGGCUGUAGCAGAGAAACUUUCCUCAGUCCUGCUGUGAGUGAUCUGGACUACAAGCAUUGAAUUGGAUUGUGCUACAACAAAAACAUUGGGGUGCUACCUGCUAAGGAGGUUAUAGCUUGUUAUCUCUGCUGUCAUGAGGGACCAGGCUAGCGUUUGCUGCCUAUUUUGGUGCUGCAAGCCCCUCUGAAGUCUUAGCUAUAACCUUCUGAAAUGGUGGGGAGGGGCUUUGCUUAUUGCCCCUAAGACAACUACCAUAAUACACGCCUUUUAAUUUUUUUUUUCUGUUAUAAGUCUCGGUUUUGAAGACUUUUUUUUUUUUCCUAGGCCUACUGGAUACAGUUGGCUAAGCUAGGACUUGAGUUGAGGGCAGACCAGUGCUGGUGGGCUGUUUUUAACUUUCCACAAAAUACGUGUUUCAGUCCUGCUUGUCUGUACUUCAAGAGAGAAGUGAAUAUUGCUGCUCUGAUUUUGCAACUGUAUGGAGGAAUCACUGGGCUGGAAAGGCAGCCACACCAUAGGCUUGGCUCUUUUUUUUUUUUUUUUUUU